AUACUUGAUAUUCAUACGCAAGGUCAAUAUUUCAAAGUGCUCACGGGGUCAGCUUUGUCAAUUGCGCCGGAUUAGUUGUGUGAUGGACUUUAUUUGACAGGGAUUAAGAAGAGUUUAAAACAAUGUAUACUUUAACAAAGUUAGUGAGGCAGUGUGGCCAUUUAAAGCCAAACUUUUCCAGUCGGAUUUCACAGGAGAUCAUAGGUAACAAUGCCUUCAACCGGCCCUAUCAGAGCAUUGCAUCACAGGUUCUGUACGGACGAUUGAAUGACCUACCAAAGAAAGUCCGGCAUUAUGUUGAGGACAAUGUUAAAUUGUGCAAGCCAGAUACAAUCCACAUCUGCGAUGGCUCGGAUCGCGAGAAUGAAUUGUUGUUGUACCUUUUGCAGAGGGAUGGCAUGAUUAAACCUCUGCCAAAGAUGGACAACUGUUGGUUAGCCAGAACAGAUCCCAAAGAUGUAGCUAGGGUAGAGAGUCGGACCUUCAUUGCCACAGAGGAAAUGAGGGAUACAAUUCCAGUCGUAAAAAAUGGAGUAACAGGAACACUGGGAAACUGGAUGUCCCCUGACGAUAUGGACACGGAACUCAACAUGAGGUUCCCUGGUUGUAUGAAGGGCAGAACCAUGUACGUGAUACCAUUCAGUAUGGGGCCGGUUGGCUCAGCUCUUUCUAAGAUUGGCAUCGAGCUCACAGACUCUGCAUAUGUAGCAGCUAGCAUGAGAAUAAUGACCAGGGUUGGGACCAAAGUGCUGAAAACUUUGGGAAAUGGAGACUUUGUUAAGUGUCUGCAUUCUGUUGGAGCACCACUACCUCUUAAAGAACCAUUGAUUAGCAACUGGCCUUGCAACCCCAAGGACACCAUUAUUGCACACUUGCCAGAGAGAAAUGAAAUCUGCUCGUAUGGAAGUGGUUAUGGUGGAAACUCACUCCUGGGAAAGAAAUGCUUUGCCCUCAGGAUCGGAUCAAUUCUGGGGAGAAGAGAGGGUUGGUUAGCAGAACACAUGCUGAUCUUGGGCAUUGAAAAUUCCAAAGGCAUUAAGAAAUACUUUGUAGCUGCCUUUCCAAGUGCCUGUGGGAAAACGAAUUUGGCAAUGAUGAAAUCUGCUCUUCCCGAGUACAAGAUCACCUGUGUAGGAGACGAUAUUGCGUGGAUGAGAUUCGAUAAAGAUGGAAAACUCAGGGCUAUUAAUCCAGAAGCUGGGUUCUUUGGCGUAGCACCAGGUACAUCAAUGAAAACGAAUCCCAUGGCUAUGGAAACUAUUUCUAGAAACACCGUCUUUACCAAUGUGGCGGAGACGUCUGAUGGUGGUGUCUUCUGGGAAGGUUUGGAGGGAGAAAUCCCAAGAACCACAAAAAUCAAGUCUUGGUUGGGAGUGGAAGACUGGCACCCAGAACAGGGAAAACAGGCAGCUCACCCCAAUUCAAGAUUUUGUACUCCAGCUGCUCAGUGUCCUAUCAUGGACGAGAAAUGGCAGGACCCAGAAGGUGUCCCUAUUGAGGCCAUUAUCUUUGGGGGACGUAGACCUGAAGGUAUUCCUCUGGUCUAUGAAGCCUUUAACUGGCAGCAUGGAGUAUAUAUGGGGGCCUCUAUGAGGUCUGAAGCAACAGCAGCAGCAGAGCAUAAAGGGAAAGUGAUCAUGCAUGACCCUUUUGCAAUGCGUCCAUUCUUUGGCUACAACUUUGGGCAUUACUUGAAACAUUGGUUAAGUUUCCAAGAAAAAGAAAGUAAUAAAUUGCCAAAAAUUUACCAUGUCAACUGGUUCAGGAAGGAUAAAAAUGGUCGUUUCAUGUGGCCUGGAUUUGGAGAGAAUGCCCGUGUCUUAGACUGGAUCUUCAGGCGGGUGGAUGGCGAGGAAUGCGCUGUCCCUUCCGCUAUUGGAAAUCUUCCCAAGAAAGGAUCUCUGAAUCUGGAGGGACUCCAGGACAAUGUUGACAUGGACGCUUUGUUCAGUAUUCCAAAAGACUAUUGGCAGCAGGAAGUCAGGGACAUUGGGAAAUACUUUGACGAGCAAGUGCACGAGGAUUUACCUCCUGAGAUAAUGAAAGAACUGAGAGGACUAGAGGCCCGUGUGAAUGCCUUGUAACUUACAGUCACUUCCGUUACACUUAAAAGUAGACUGUUCAGCUACAGGGAGAAUAAUUUGCUGCCAUAUUUUUCAAUGAUUUACAUUUAUUUACUUACUAUGUAAGGAGAUUAAGAUUUUUAAGUUCAUUUUUAGAAAAUUUAGCCAUUUUUUUACAGGUAUUUCAGAGGGAGUUUUUCAUUGUUAUGAUUCAUAUGAUCUCUGUAACCUUUGUCAAUCGUGUAUUAUUUUACUAAUGAAAUGUGUAAUUUAUUUUGUAUUAUCUUAAUGAAAUAUGUGAUUUAUUAAUGACUCUUUUUAUUCAUGCUUAACAGAAGAGAAAGUGCAAUGGACAUUAUCAUUCUUGAAUUUUUUUGUAUAAUAAGCAUUUCUUCAUGUCGAGCUGAUAUGAUCUCACUCUCUGUUUCCUGUUUUUGUACACUGCUGUUAUUAUGUUGCAUGUAAGAUGGCAGUUGUAGUCUUAUAUUUGCUGGGUUUAAACAAAACGAAUCACAUGCUUCUAUCAUCCUCUCUGUAUACUGAAUCAUAUUCAUUCAUGGGACAUUCACACAAAGAUUGUAAAACCAUUUAGUGGCAUAUUGGUAUGCACAAAAAAAUAUGACUGUGAUAAAUUGCCAUUUAUUUGAUUAUGUAUAUGUUAGACUAGAAAUUCACAAGAUGUGAUGGGAAGUUAUAUUGUUCACUGCCGGUGGCAUACUGUUAUUAUGUGUAAAUUCUUGUCAAACAGCUGAUUAAAACAUGUUUUAGCAAUAUUUUAGGGCAGAAUUGCCCAAGAGAGGGAACUACAAUUUAAAGAAAUACAAUUUUAUUUAAAAAGAA